AACAGGAGGCCGAGACCUGUGGAAAGAGUAUAAAAGGGCGUAUAAACUUUGAGACUUACCAGUAGAGCGCAAACUCUUGUGACAUCUCUGAAAAAGUGUCUGGUAACCCUAAAAUUGUAGUCUUCGAGUAUAAUAUCAAAAUGGGUUUGUACACCUUAGUUGCAACGUGUCUCUGCACUCUGGUACUUCCAGUUUUGCUCUUUUUAGUUGCAGUUAAGUUGUGGCAAAUAUAUAUGAUCCGUGGUCGUGAUCCGAGCUGCCAGCGUCCCCUUCCUCCAGGUACAAUGGGCUUGCCCUUUCUUGGCGAGACACUUCAACUGGUUUUGCAGAGAAGGAAAUUCCUCCGGAUGAAGCGCCAGAAGUACGGAUUUAUUUAUAAAACUCAUCUGUUCGGCAACCCCACUGUGAGAAUAAUGGGAGCCGAGAAUGUGAGGCAGAUACUGUUGGGUGAACAUAAACUUGUCGCUGGUUAUUGGCCGGCGUCUGUGAGAAGCAUUCUGGGCUCCGACACUCUCUCCAAUGUGCAUGGUGCACAGCACAAAAGCAAGAAAAGGGCGCUUAUGAAAGCCUUCUCACGUGAAGCCUUGGAGAACUACAUCCCCGUUAUCCGCGAGGAGGUGAGAUGCGCAGUAAAGGACUGGAUGCAGAGCGAUUCCUGCGUUCUGGUUUAUCCGGAGAUGAAGCGGCUCAUGUUCCGCAUUGCAAUGAGGAUUCUGCUGGGGUUCGACCCCGACCAAAUUAAGACAGACGAGGAGGAAUUAGUGGAGGCAUUCGAAGAGAUGAAAAAGAACCUGUUCUCCCUCCCAAUCGAUGUUCCAUUCAGCGGGUUAUACCGGGGUCUGAAAGCUCGCAAUUUCAUUCAUUCAAAAAUCGAAGAAAAUAUACAAAAGAAGAUCCAGGACAGCGUUGACGAGAGAAAACCCAAGGAUGCGCUCCAGCUGUUAAUUGAAAACUGUAGACGAAGCGACGAACCACUCAGCAUGCAGGAGCUCAAAGAGUCUGCGACAGAAUUACUCUUCGGCGGUCAUGAGACUACGGCCAGCACUGCCACCUCUCUGGUGAUGUUCCUUGGACUGAAUCAGGACGUGAUACAGCGCGUGAGAGAGGAGCUUCAGGAGAGGGGAUUAACAGGCGUGUGUCCCCAAGAGAAAACUCUCAAUAUAGAGUUACUGGAACAGCUGAAAUACACGGGGUGUGUUAUCAAAGAAACCCUGCGGAUUAACCCCCCUGUCCCUGGAGGCUUCCGUGUGGCUCUGAAGACGUUCGAAAUCGACGGUUACCAGAUCCCAAAAGGAUGGAAUGUCAUUUACAGCAUAUGUGACACACACGAUGUUGCGGAUGUGUUCCCCAACAAGGAGGAAUUUCAGCCAGAACGAUUCAUGUGCAAGUCUCCCGAAGACUCCUCCAGGUUUAACUACAUCCCCUUUGGAGGGGGCUCAAGGAUGUGUGUUGGCAAGGAAUUUGCUAAAGUCGUCCUGAAGAUAUUCCUAGUUGAGCUGACCACAAAAUGCAACUGGACCCUGUUGAAUGGACCGCCAACUAUGAAAACAGGCCCAACUGUUUACCCAGUGGACAACCUCCCCACAAAAUUCUGCAACUAUACUGAUAAUUAAAAAGGAGUUGUGAACUGUUAGCUUGAAAAUAUGUAAAUAGUCUUAUUUAAUUAUUUUAGAUUAACUGACCGUGUUUGUCAUUUUAGUUUUAACUUGUAUAGUUUAAUACAAUAGAUAUUUAUAUAAACUCAACAAUAUUUUUGUAAACAAAAACUUUAAGCACUACAUAUUAAUGGAUCUAUCGUUUCUUUGCAACCUGUAAAUGUUGUGUACAUUUGUAAUGUAGUUAAGUAGCAUUUUGUAUCUUAAUGCAUCUUAUUUAAGUUACACAUUACUGUAAAGCUUUUAUUUAAUAAAAUGUUUUCAAAGAAAAAAACCCU